GGACUUGAAGAACAGAAGGCACUCCUGAACAAAGAAUAUAUUUCACUGACGCAAGUACAUGCCAAGAUUAUGAAGAACUACAAAGAUCUGCGAUAUCAAAGAUCUUUGUCCAUGGAGGUGAUACGACAUUCUGGACGUAAUACUCCACUUCACGACUUACAAAAGAAAGUGUGUCAGCUACAUUUCCAGGAUGCACCAUCAUCCAUUGAGGAUAUCGUUGAUAAUAUACAUCCUGAAGAAAUCCAUGCUGAAAAGGACUUGUCUGGGGAGUUUAAAGCAGUCACCACUGAACUUGCAUCUCACAGAGAGAGUGUUGUGUCUGUUAUGAAGAUUAUGGGUGGUAAUGAAGUAGCCUUUAAAGAUGAACUGAAGUCCCCAAACUUGAUAGAAGUCCAAGAAAUUCCAGAGCUAGAAGGGCAGUCUGUGGUUGAAGACAUCAUUAAUUCUACUCCGGAAUUAAAGUCGAAGUCAGAAACUUGUGACCUAAGCACUCGGACUGCAUGCUUGGAAGCAGAACAAGAAGGAAAGGCACGGAAUAAUGAUUCUUUUUUUGCUGAGGUGUACGGAACAAGCCCAGAAUGUAUUUCUUAUGUUGAUGAGGGUGCAGAUUUGCAAGUUUCAGGUGUUGGCACUCCUGUAGAUGCUCUAAUGAUGGAGAAUUCACAGCUUAGAGAAGCAGUAAGUGAAAUGGAUAUGGCAAGGAAAAACCUUAUUGCAAGAGUUGAGGAGUUGACUGCAGAGAGAGAGGCUCUUCAAAGAGAAAAUGAAAAUACAACACAAAGCUUAAGUUGGUGUGAGUCCAAGUUGAGAGAAACUGAGCAAGACCUCCAGAGGAUCCAAGUUGAAAUGGAAGAAGCUAGGAAGCAAAGCAGAGAAGAUGCCGAGGUGGACAUUCCUGCAGCUCAGAGGAAGCGUUUCACCAGAGCUGAAAUGGCACGUGUGCUGAUGGAAAGGAAUCAAUAUAAGGAAAAACUGAUAGAACUGCAAGAUGCAGUGCGCAGGACAGAGAUGCUGCGAGCUUCAAAAGAAGUUCAGGCUGUGGAAAUGAAAAAAUCAUCUUUUUGGAAAGUCUUUGAUAGACUUUUUAGCCCAUCAAAUGGACCACAGGAAAAGGUAAAAUCAGUGAACACACCACUUAAUAUCCCCACGUUAAACAGAGGCCGAUCUGUUACUUUUUCUUCAGUGGAUACUCCCAGCCAAGCAAAUAGUUAUGUACGGAGACACUUCGCAAAUUUUCCUAGCUCUUCAGAUGCUGAAGAUUGUGAUAGAGUGCCAUUAAGAGGAAAAAAGCAUGAACUUUAUCGCCAGAUUCGUUCCCACAUUUGGAAAACACAUGGCAGAGCACAGCUUCAUGGUUGGAGUAAUCCUUCUACCAUGGGAAAUAAGGCAAGUAAACUAUUAUAA